ACUAAAUAAACUAUUGAUCACCAUUAGAAUGUAUUAUUGCAAUAUUGAUCACUGUUGACUAUUGAUGAAAAUGAAUCCCUUAACCAGCUGCCAAAGCCCUUUCUUCAGUCACUUGGGGUCAUAUUCUCAUUUAUAUCAAUCCUUUUUUGGGCUUCCAGUUACACACAUUUGAGGUAUGCAUUCCCAGUGUUCUGAUCAUGACCACCAUACUUCACUUCAGAAUAAAUGUAGGCUCAUGAAAGAGGUGUGACAUUUAAAAUAGUUGAAAAAUGGUUUCACCCUUUUUUUUUUGUCUGUCGGGAAAAUGUGGAAUGUGGACUUAUGCAGUUACCAUGUGCAUGUCAUUUAAAUCCAUUCAAACCUUUAGUGAAAGCAAGGGGAGAACUGUUUUAUGAAUAGCCUCAAGUUAAAGCAUUUAUUUCUGUGUAUCACAUCGCCGCAUCACAUGGCCUCUUGGCUCUGUGGAUGGGGACUCGAUGAAGGUGUGCAGAGUGGUGUGUGAGCUUCUCCAUUCUCCCUGCCAUUUCUGCUCCACCCAAGAGGUGGAGGGUGGACCUUGCCUGCGGAGAGCUGCAGCUUUGGUAGCAAAGUGCUGCCUUGGUAUGUGCUGGGAGAUGGUAUCGUCCUGGACGGGAGGAACCAGGCUAUCCUCCUUGACUGCCAGCUUUAGGACCUGGUAGUCGCGCCGGAUGCUAGCGUGGGUAUCACAUAAACACCCAACACUCAAGUAAAUGAACCAAGCAACAUAUGUGCUAGGCCUUUUUAUAAAAAGGUGUUGAGAUUUAUGGGAGGAAAAGGUAGGCCUACAUCAAAAUAAAUAUUCCAAUGUUUUAAGAUUAUAUAUAUGAGCGUAAACUUAUAUUCCGUAGCCUAUAAUUAAACACUUAACAGUAAUCAAGUAAUCAAACACAUUGCCACAGAUGACUAAAAUAUGUACACUAGCCAUUCUCGGAAAUGACACAGAUGCAAGAACAGGCAGAGCACUAAUUAUUACGAUGAGGACUGACAAAGGGUAAAAGAAGGCCGCCCUGUUGUGCAGUAACUAUGUAGGCGAACCUUACACAAGCUCCAUGAGGUGACUUUCUAACUUUGACAAAAAAAAACAGAAGAACAAAUUGCAACCUCUAAUUCCAGGUGAACAUAACUUUUGUGUCAAUAGUCUACUUAGGCUCAGACAAUGAAGCCACUAAAUGCUAAACUGUCGUCCAACCAUGCUAAUGCUAGCUUGUCCGCUACAGAGGUGGAGCAUAAGCUGUUCGCUGGCAUGAUGACCAAGGCCCUUGUCUCUCUCAAACUCGACAUAUCUGCACCAAGACAGAGAUGGUCGCUGGACCAUGCCCCCAAGAUAGCAGACGUGUUCUUCAUACUCCCCUGCCUGCCCUGGAGCGGAGCACCGUGGACACAAUGCCUCUGUGGAAAAGCUCAAGGCCCACCCUGGGCUUCCUGUGCUGCCUUGGCAGCGGCGAGCCUCCAGAGAUCAACCUGAAGGACAGCGCCCCCCUGCAGCUGCUGGAGUUCAGUGCCUCCAUGCCCCCGGAGGAGGAGCUGCAUGCACGCUUUUCUGAGCUGGUGGAUGAAUUGGACCUUACAGACAAGAACAGGGAGGCUAUGUUCGCACUACCUGCUGAGAAGAAAUGGCAGAUAUACUGUAGCAAAAAGAAGGAGCAAGAGGACCCAAACAAGUUGGCCACCAGCUGGCCUGAUUACUACAUCGAUCGCAUCAACUCCAUGGCUGCAAUGCAGACACUGUUUGUCUUUGAUGAAGAGGAGAUGGAGAUCAGAAACAAAGUGGUUGAAGACCUUAAAACAGCCCUCCGAACUCAGCCAAUGAGGUUUGUAACCCGCUUCAUGGAACUGGAUGGGCUGACAUGCCUUCUCAACUUCCUCAAGAGCAUGGACUAUGAGACUUCAGAGAGCCGCAUCCACACCUCCCUGAUCGGCUGCGUUAAGGCUUUGAUGAACAACACCUGCGGACGGAACCACGUGUUGGCUCACCCUCAGAGUAUCAAUACCAUCUCCCAGAGCCUGCAGCCAGACAACAUCAAAACCAAGGUUGCAGUACUGGAGAUCCUGGGUGCUGUGUGUCUAGUGCCUGAUGGUCAUAAGAAGGUCCUGCAAGCUAUGGCACAUUAUCAAAAGUAUGCUGCAGAGAGGACCCGCUUUCAGACAUUACUGAAUGACCUUGACCGAAGUACGGGUUGCUAUCAAGAUGAAGUCAACGUAAAAACAGCCAUCAUGUCCUUCAUUAAUGCUGUUCUCAAUGCUGGUGCAGGAGAGGAUAAUCUGGAGUUCCGCCUCCAUCUUAGGUAUGAGUUCCUAAUGUUGGGCAUUCAGCCCGUUAUUGAUAAACUCCGAGAACAUGAGAAUGCCACCCUAGACAGACAUUUGGACUUCUUUGAAAUGGUGAGGAAUGAGGAUGACUUAGAACUGGCCAAGUGCUUUGGCCUGGCUCACUUGGACACAAAGAGUGCAAGCCAGAUGUUUGAGCUAAUCAAGAAGAAGCUCAAUCACACGGAUGCUUUCCCACACCUUCUUUCCAUCCUCCAGCACUGUCUCCAGAUGCCCUGUAAACACCGUCCAGGGAAUUUACAACGAUGGCAACUUUUAGACCAGAUACUUCAGCAAAUUAUUCUUCAGGACGAGAGAGGAGAGGAUCCAGAUGUUUCACCAUUAGACUUCAGUGUGAAGAACAUCAUUAGGAUGCUAGUGAAUGAGAAAGAAGUGAAGCAAUGGAGAGACCAGGCGGAGAAGUUCAGAAGAGAUCACACAGAGUUGAUGGCUCGCUUACUGAGUAAAGAGAGGGAGUGUGAGAUUAAGACCCAGGAAAAGGACGAAAUGAUGAAGACGCUGAACAAGAUGAAGGACAAACUCCAAAAGGGUGGAAGUGUCCCUAUUCCCCCUCCUCCUCCUCCUCCUGUGCCUCCUGGUGGUCCAUUACCGCUUCUCCCUCCACCCCCUCCAUCUCUACCCUUCUCUAGCCCACCUCCACCACCACCACCACCACCCCCACCCCCAGGAGGGCCACCUCCUCCACCUGGUGCCUCGGCCAUCUUCUCAGGAGUCCCACCUCCAUCAGGACCACCGUUCUUCAGCAGCAGCAGCAGCCUUAAUCCACGCACCAAAAGCAUUCCUCAGCCUUCACACCCACUCAAGUCUUUCAACUGGGCUAAACUGGGGGAGAACAAGAUCCUUGGCUCCAUCUGGCAUGACAUAGAUGAUCAAAGGGUCUUCAAAAUCUUAGAUCUGAAGGAUAUUGAGAUGAUGUUCUCAGCCUAUCAGAGACAAAAAUACACAGGCUCUGUGGAUGACCUGUACCUCAGCACACGCAAAGUGAAGGAGUUGUCUGUCGUCGACGGCCGGCGUGCUCAAAAUUGCGUCAUCUUGCUCUCUAAGCUAAAAAUGAGCAAUGAAGAAAUAAAGAGAGCAAUCCUUGAGAUGGAUGAGCAAGAGGAGCUGGCCAAAGACAUGCUGGAGCAGUUGUUAAAGUUUGUCCCUGAGAAGAGUGACAUCGACCUUCUAGAUGAGCACAAACAUGACCUGAACCGCAUGGCCCGAGCCGACCGCUUCCUGUUUGAAAUGAGCAGAAUUGACCACUACGAGCAAAGACUACAAGCACUUUUCUUCAAAAAGAAGUUUGCAGAGAGGCUGGCAGAAACCAAGCCCAAAGUGGAGGCUAUUCUGCAUGCAUCUCGAGAGGUGAUGAGGAGCAAGAGGCUGACUCAGAUCCUGGAGGUGGUGCUGGCCUUUGGGAACUUCAUGAAUAAAGGACAGAGGGGAAAUGCAUAUGGAUUCAAAGUGUCCAGCCUCAACAAGAUUGUUGACACCAAAUCAAGUAUAGACAGGAGCAUGACUAUGUUGCACUACCUAAUAACGAUCCUUGAGAAGAGUUACCCUGACACGCUGCACAUCCAGCAGGAUCUUCAGAGUAUUCCUGAGGCAGCCAAGGUCAAUCUGGCUGAGCUGGAGAAGGAACUCCACAGCAUGAGGAGUGGACUGAACGAUCUAGAGGCUGAGCUUCUGUAUCAGCGGAAUCAAGGAUGUGACAAAGGAGACCGAUUUGAGCCAGUGAUCAGUGACUUCAUCAUGGUGGCCACUUUUAGUUUCACAGAGCUGGAUGAGCUGCUGCAUGAAGCCAAGGGCAAGUUUGCCAUGUCUCUGAAGCGCUUUGGUGAGGAGCAGGGGAGCAUGCAGCCAGAUGAGUUCUUUGGUAUCUUUGAUAUAUUCCUGGAGUCCUUUGUGGAGGCACGGCGUGACCUGGAGAACAUGCAGCGCCGCAGAGAUGAAGAAGAGCGGCGGGCACGCAUGGAGACCACGCUGAAGGAGCAGCGUGAGCGUGAGCGGCAGGUACGGAGGGGUACAGGUGGAUGCAUGUUGGAGGAGAUGGGUGAGUUUGAUGACCUGGUGUUAGCACUGCGCUCAGGUGAAGUCUUUGACAAGGACCGGUCCAAGCUGAAGCGCAGUCUCAAGCGCUCCGUCAACAAGGAGGAGGAGGAGGAGGAUGAUGAUGGAGCCCAUGAAAGACCCGUCGCCAAAACCCACCAUUAGACCACCCUCGUCAUCCCAGGGGCUAUUAGACCACUCAUCAUCAUCCCAGGGGCUAUUAAACCACUCAUCAUCUGUACUGAAGGACUAACAUGUAAGAUGGACGCCACACUGCAGGACUAACAUGUGAGAUGGACGUCACACUGCAGGACUAACAUGUAAGAUGGACGCCACACUGCAGGACUAACAUGUGAGAUGGACGCCACACUGCAGGACCAACAUGUGAGAUGGACGUCACACUAAAGGUUUGAUGAGGGAGUGUGGUUCCACCCCUCUGGAUCAUGGCUGUCUCAAAGAGCGACGGGUAACGGAAUCCUUCUGGACAGUCAGCCCUAACUCUAUUCAUGCAUUAGUUCUUACUCACUGUUUUUUAUCUUUAUUUUUUUGUCUUCCUCCUCAUUCACACUGUUUGCGGAUUCAAUGCCAAAGGUCCUGGAUGUGCAGCAACUCUACUGAAAACACGUGGACUUGUAGCACAGCACAGUGCAGCUGCGGCUCCCCCGGCCCCUCUUCUGUUUCCCACUGCAGACAAACUACUUUUCGCAGACACUGUGUUACUCUUCCUGUCUAUGGCUCUGCACCCUGGAUGCACCCUCAGACACCAGUUAACCAAGUAGAGGAACAAGUGGUGGAGCCGUGUGAUUGGGGAAAUAAUCAGCUAUGCAAAACCAUGUCAAAAAAACAGACACUAUCGUAACAGCCCUUUGAUUGGCUGGGAUCUGUUUCCCUGUUUCCAAAGCCUAAUCCUGAGGACUACCUCCACCCACACUGGGCCUCAGAUAGUGCUAAUCACCUCCACACUGGGCCUCAGAUAGUGCUAAUCCUGAGGACUACCUCCUCCACACUGGGCCUCAGAUAGUGCUAAUCCUGAGGACUACCUCCACACUGGGCCUCAGAUAGUGCUAAUCACCUCCACACUGGGCCUCAGAUAGUGCUAAUCACCUCCACACUGGGCCUCAGAUAGUGCUAAUCCUGAGGACUACCUCCUCCACACUGGGCCUCAGAUAGUG